ACGCUCUGUGCGGCGCCGCGUUCCGGGGAGGGCCAUAGCCGCCGCACACGCGCCGAGCCCCGGCAGCCCGGCCAUGGUGGGGAAAGCGAAGCGUCCGCGGCUGCACCAGGCGGCCCCGAGGCCGAGGGGCCCGCGGGACCCGGAGCCGGGCGGUCACGAUGGGGCGGGCGGGACCAGUGGCUGGAGGGCGGAGCCCGGAAAGGACUGGGCUUUUUUGUCCUCUGACGUCUUUGCCGGGUUGAAGAUUGAUCCCAAAACUCUGGUGAAGAAGUUGGAUUUGGACUCCCGAAGCAUUGUCUCAGCCCAGACAGACCACGAGUGCAGAGGCGAAGUAAAGCCGGGCCUAACCCGGACCCUGGUGGCGACCCGACUCGACACCGCUGCACCCAUUGAUGCCGGCCGGCGGCAGGCUAAGCACUCAGCACACACAACUGGGUCAAGGUUUCACCAGAGUUCGCUUCCCAUGUGGGCCCCCGAAGAAGGGCCGGACUGUCAUCGCUACCAGUGUGCUGCGCUCCUGAGAACCCCAGGUGGUGUAGAAGAAAAACCACUUCUGUCAAAAAGAGAAAAAAUGAAGCUGAGAAAAGACAGGUGGCUGCAGAAAAUAGAAGGUGUGAAGCUGGCCAGACAGAAGCAAAAAGCCGAGGCAAAGCGGAAAGCGACGCCGGUGGUCGGAGACCUGCAGCCUUUGAUGGAAGCCCUGCCUGAACUCUCCGAACUGACCACGACCAGCAAGGCCAGGAAGCAGCCCAAGAUAUAUGAUGUGAUCUUGUAACUCAAGAUGAUAACAUGAUCCAUAUGUACAAAGAGUGAUGCUGGCAGGUUCAGCCUUGAGAAAGGAUCAGAAGCCACUGCCAUCUUGCACUUGUGGAAAAGAUGAAGAAGACAACAUCAUGCACCUCAGAGCUUUCUGAAGAGAUGGAGUCACCACCAGACCAAGCAGCAUAGGGACGCACUGAGAUGAAAACUAGACAACAUGUUUCAAAACCUUAGUGUAGACCAGGUGUAAAUAAAUCUCUCACCUCUCCAUCAUCUGGCCACAUGUCUGCCUCAGUUUCCCCUCUUCCAGGUGGCAGCUUGCCAUCUCAUCUGGUGAAGAGCAGAGGGUUUGCUUUCUGCCUCACACUAGUGUCCUCCCUCUUCUGAUGAGAAAUGAAACCAAGACAGUCCCCAAAAAUACAGCCCUCCUUCCCUGUUGGUGCAGGGCCAGGCAUCAGUUUCACGUUAACCCUACUGGUGCAGGGAAGACUCCACCCCAGCUCUAGGUUAGCGGUUUCUUCAGUCUCUCUUCAGGCUUGGUAGUUCUCAGUCUGCCCCAGGCCACAGCUUUCACCCCAUUAGUAACGAGUCUGCACCACCCCCAGAGCUGCUCCCUCACCCCUCCUCGACUUGAAGCUCCAGUCCUAUAGUGGGCUCUGCAUCUUCAGGCAGCGCUGUCCUGACGCUCUGUCCUCAGGGCCAUUUCUGACAAAGCUUUUCCAGCUUCCCAAUUAUAGCAGCUCUCUGCAAGGUUUGUGUAGCCCCAGCUCUAGGCUCUUCCUCAGCUGCCUUUCAUGUGCUACACUUUCACUUCCUUUCCUCAUGUCCUCAGGUCCCUCCCAACCAUCAGCUGCUUUUCCAUGGCAAGUACAAGCAACUCUUCUUAUACAACGGUUCUCUGGGUCAUAUGACCCUGGGAUCACAUCUCCCAUAAUUCCCUGGCUUUAAAAGACUGACCCUAGUGAGCCCCAAACUAAUGGUGCCCAUUCCUAAAGGCCCAGCUUAUUCCACUACAAAGGGCAAGUUGGAUUUUAACUCAUGUUAGCUGGUCAAAGUCAAACCUAGCCUCUGCCCUGGGGUUCCCCUUUGCAGUGUGUGGGAAUUGUACAGUACCCUUCAAAUAGUUACAAACCCUCUCAAGGGGACUCACUGUGUUUUAGAAGCCAGGCAGAACAGCGGUGUGUCUAUGUAGCUAGGCCUUGCAUAUUGUUAGAACACAGUUAUUUGGACAUCCCUCUGCCUGUGUGGUACCUUCCUGGUAUGCUGUGUGAAGAGCAAAAGACACAACAACCUUAUGCUAAAAGCCAGCCUCACUAGGGUUUGGAAAUGUGUUAGCACAGUCCCAAAGCACACACCUUCACGAGCGCUGCAUCACAUUCAACAAUCUGAGGUGAAUACAUGUGUGGAACUUUCCUUGUUAAGUGAUGUCCGAGCGCUCUGUCAUUGCUCCAGCUGUGUUCAGAUUGUGAAAGUAACCAGUCAGAUGUUGUUAGGCUUUUAUUAUAUGAUAAUGAUAUCGCCUGAACAUGGGAGAGAAAUGUUAGUUACAAUAUCCUGGCUGUUCAGACCUCCUCAGGUUAUGCUUUUAUAUGCCUUGAGGGAAUCUGAUGGAAUAGCUGAGAUAGCAAUCUGCCCAUUGUCCUACAAGCUUUGUUACAUACACAGGCAAGCACCCCAGUGUUAAAUGCUGUAGUUAUGGUCCUGUAACAACAGUGUCAGCAGCAUGGUAUGAUAAUAGUACAAGCAGGUAUUGAUUAAUAUUAGAGCUCGGGAUAUAAUGACAACAAUUAUCUGUCAAACACUUAAGAUGUCACAAAAUCCAUCAAAUAGCAUGGUCAGUGAAUAUAUGAGAGAGUAUAUU